AUGACAACAUUUGACUUCUCGGAUAUAGAAGCGUUCCUGGACUGCCAUCCGGAUCUCUUCGAGGAGUAUCUGGUCCGCAAGGCGAAGUGUGACCAGGUCAGCAGGUGGUUGAAGGAGCAUCAGCCGUCCAAGGCGUCCCCAGCCAGUGAUGAGAAGCGCGGCGCCGCCUGCCACAGGGACCCGCUGUGGUCCGGCAACCCGGACGGGCUCCGGCGCAGGUCGUCCCACAUGGAGCUGCGACGGAACUUCGCCCGGUCCAAAGCCACCACCGCGCACCGGACCUACGACGAGCACGUCAGCAUCAUCGAACACGAGUCCCAGUCCAGCGUGAGGCGUCGUGCGCUCCUGCGUAAAGCCAGCUCCCUUCCUCCGACCACCGCGCACAUCCUGAGCGCGCUGCUGGAGUCCAGGGUCAGCGUGCCCCAGUACGCGUCCAGCGCCAUCGACUACAAAUACCGACUGAAGGAAACCAACGAGCGGGAGUUCUUCCUGGAGUUGGUGAAGGACAUCUCCAACGAUCUGGACCUGACCAACCUGAGCUAUAAGAUCCUGAUCAACGUGUGCAUCCUGGUGGACGCAGACAGGUGCUCGCUUUUCCUCGUGGAGGGACCCGCGCACAAGAGGACGCUGGUGUCCAAGUUCUUCGACGUGCACUCGGGCACCACGGUCCGACCAUCCUCCAGCAGACUGCACUCCAAUGAGGUGCAGGUGCCGUGGGGCAAGGGGAUCAUUGGGUAUGUGGCAGAGCACGGGGAGACUGUGAACAUCCCAAAUGCAUAUCAGGAUCACCGCUUCAGUGAUGAAAUAGACAAGUUGACCGGCUACAAGACUCAGUCCAUCCUCUGCCUGGCCAUCUGCAACAGUGAUGGAGAGGUCAUAGGUGUCGUGCAAGCAAUAAACAAGAACCCCUUGGGCAGCCCCUUCACUGAGGAUGAUGAGAAGGUGCUGCAGAUGUAUCUACCAUUCUGUGGAAUAUCGAUUUCCAAUGCCAAGUUGUUUUCAGAGUCUCGCAAGGAGUAUGACAGGAGCAGGGCUCUGCUGGAGGUGGUCAACGACCUGUUUGAGGAGCAGACCGACCUGGAGAAGAUUGUGAGGAAGAUCAUGCAGCGAGCUCUGACCCUCUUGCAGUGUGAACGCUGCUCUGUGCUUCUCCUGGAGGACAUCGACUCACCUGUUGUAAAGUUCUCCAAGACGUUUGAACUCAUGUCGCCCUUGUGCAACAUUGACCGUGACAUCAGCUUGGAGAAGCUGUCGUGUUCUGAUUGGCUGAUCAAUAACAGCAUUGCUGAGCUGGUGGCUUCCACGGGACUGCCCGUUAACAUCAGCGACGUGUGUCAGGACCCGCGCUUUGAUGCUGAGGCGGAUCAUGCCUCAGGGUUUCACAUCCGAUCAGUGUUAUGUGUCCCGAUCUGGAAUCGAACUCAUCAGAUAAUUGGGGUCGCACAAAUUCUGAACCGACUGGACAGGAAGACUUUCAAUGAUGCAGAUCAGAGACUGUUUGAGGCAUUCGUCAUUUUCUGUGGACUUGGAAUAAACAACACGAUGAUGUACAAUCAGGUUAAGAAGACUUGGGCCAAGCAGUCUGUGGCACUGGAUAUGUUGUCCUACCAUGCUACCUGCUCCAAGGUAGAAGUUGACAGACUCAAGGCAGCCAAGAUCCCCCUGAGCAGUGAGUUAGGCAUCGAUGAGUUUUACUUCAACGACUUCUCUUUGGACAAUGACGCCAUGAUCACUGCGUCACUGAGAAUGUUUCUGGAACUUGGUGUCGUGCAAAAGUUUAAAAUUGACUAUGAGGUUUUAUGCCGCUGGCUCCUGACUGUGAGGAAGAAUUAUCGGACUGUGGUGUACCAUAACUGGAGGCAUGCUUUCAAUGUGUCCCAGUGCAUGUUUCUUAUGAUCACAACGGCCAAUUUUCAAGAUGUGCUGUCCGAGGCAGAGAUACUGGCCCUGAUGGUUGGCUGCCUUUGUCAUGACUUGGACCACCGGGGAACCAACAACGCCUUUCAAGCCAAGACAGGUUCGGCUCUGGCUCUGCUCUAUGGAACGUCAGCCACACUGGAGCAUCACCACUUCAAUCACGCUGUCAUGAUCCUACAAAGUGAGGGACACAAUAUCUUUGCAAACCUCUGCUCCAAGGAAUACAGCAAUAUGAUGCAACUAUUGAAGCAGGCUAUUCUCUCCACAGACCUUACUUUGCACUUUGAGCGCCGGAACAAGUUCUUUGAGUGUGUUCUCUCCGGAGACUACAGCUGGACGGAUGAAGGACACAGAGAAGUUCUCAGAUCUAUGCUAAUGACAGCAUGCGACCUGGGCGCCGUCACACGUCCUUGGAAGAUCUCCAAACAGGUUGCAGAGCUGGUGACGAGUGAAUUCUUUGAGCAAGGUGACAGGGAGAGGUCAGAGCUGAAGUUGACCCCAGCAGCCAUAUUUGACCGUAAUCGGAAAGAUGAACUACCGGUGUUACAGCUGGAGUGGAUAGAUGGGAUCUGUAAGCCGCUUUACCAGAGCCUGCUGAAGCUCAAUGUGAAGUUGGAGCCAAUGGUCGAAGAGAUUGAUGCCAAUCGAAAGAAGUGGCAGGAUCUCUGUUCGACCUAUCAGAAGACGUCCACUGAGAGCACGGAAUCAGAUCCGAGUCCCGAGCCCCACGAGGAGGCAGAGACCAAUCAACACCAAGAGUCCACUGAGACUGUGAGGCCUGUUGAGUUUGGAUCCAAGUCGAAGUGCAGCCAGGCUCUGAGGUGCAGAGAGAGCGAAGAGUGCUGUGACGAUUUGUCAGCUGACAGCACGACACCUGCAGGAAAGAAGUAA